CGGUGCAUCUUAUAAUCUGAAAAAUAUGGUAGCUGGGUGACCUUGAGCCACUCAUAGCCUUUCAACCUUAACAAGAAAGCAAUAGCAAACAACAUAUUGCCAAGAAAUCUACAGGGGCUUCUCCAAGCAAUUGUUAGGACUCAACAAUUACCUGAAGGCAUAAAGAAAAAAUAGAGGAGAAAGCUGAUUAAACAAUCAGCUAUUUGCCUCUCCAGUCCUUGGACAGAGAAGCAACUUCAUUAAUUCUUACAUGCUUUAUAUUUACAGUCCAAUUUAAACCAGUCUAGUUUCUGAUUUUUGCUGUUGCAAGGCUAAACAUUGGUUACUGUGGGGAAAAAAUCCACCCAAUUACUUUGAUUUGAAUGAGGUAUCACUUGUAGAUGCAAUAUGAAGCUUAUCUAGACUGCAGUAAAGGCUGAGCAUCUAUUCUCUUUUCUGAGAACCUUUCUGAACUUUUCUGUUUUCUUUGCUGAACUUGGUAUGUAUAAUUCUGCAUGAUAGUCUUGUUUCAGGAUGAAUUACAUGUAUGCGAAACUGUCCAUUGCUCCUUCCCCUCACACAUCUUCCUCUUAUUAUUUCUUUCAGUUUAAUUUAUUAACUCAUAAAAAUGAAACUAUUGGUUAUUUUUGUUACAUCACCAUGAACUGAUGUUUUUCCUAAGGCUUGGCUGAAGAAGCACUGUCUAAAGCCAGUGGACAAUUAAGUGUUCUUUUGGGAGUUCUUUAAUAGAGUUGUCUUUCUAAUGAAUGACCUAUGAAUGAUGGAGCAAUUGGCACAAUGGCUCAUUAAGGCAGCUCAACAUCAUCUUAGAAUGGGAAAGGAGAAAAGAUUAUCAUCUUCAGCCUUCUUGAAUGUAGCUGGGGUGGUACUGGUAGUAACAACUGGUUUGAAACCAGCUUUUCUAUAUGAUUACAAUUCUUCUGGGAUUUCUCAGAUCCUGAACUAUGUUCAAUAUCUUACCCCUCAACUUACGUGUUGGCUGCAUAUUCUUAAUAUAGCUGAAAAUGUUCUAAUAAUAAACUUGGAGUUGAUGUGUUUGUGUAUGGAGUCAGUCCUGCUUAGCAAUAAUGUCUUCUUCAUUGAUGUUUCUGCUUUUAGAUCCCGUCCUACUUCUAACCCAGAAAAGGUGAACCUUAUAAAAAACCAUCUGUUAGAGAUAUUGAAUCAUAUUAAAGUAUUAACAGAAGAUACGUCCCAAAUAAUAUCUUCAAGUGAACUCUUUCUGACUGAAUGGAAUCUUUGUACUCUAUUUGGUGUAUUGCUAGGGUAUCCACCAUCCUAUAAUUUUCCUACUCAGAAGAGUUCUGAUAAUUGUCUUACACUAAUUCCACUGAAAGUAUUUACUGUUUGAGCCACAUUUUGUAUGGUAAAUAGUGAUUUCAUAGUUCAGUUUUAUUCUUUCAGCAUCCCAGAACUCUUGUAUCCAGACAUGAACAUGAACCUCAGCACAUGGUGUGAAAAACUCGCAGAUGCUUUUAAAGCUCAAAAAGAAUUUGCUGAUCUCUGCAUUGCAAGUGAGGUGGUUGCUCUAUCAGCAGUGGCCUUGUAAAUAUGAAUCCCAGUUUAGAGACAGUUAACACUGUUUGUCCACAGUAUUCUACUGAUUUGUUUAAAAGCUUCAGAACAGGGGCAGUUUGGAAGCAUAGUUCAAGCAAUUAUGUCAAUGUUCUAAACAAAUACACAGUUUUCCUUUCAGCAGCAUUCAGGAUAUCCUUCAUACUUAAAUUUCCAAGAAUCUUUCAGGUUAGCAUACUUUUCCAGAAGAUAUUAAUUGAUCUGUUCUAAAUUCCAGGCAAAAAGAAUUCAGUGCUUUUCUCCAGCUAGAAUAGGCAAUGAGUUCAAUGCCAGCAUGGUCAAGUAAGUGAAUUGAGGAACCUAAGGUAUUUGAAACUGUAAGAAUGGCUAUUGUAUCAGUGGUUAUAGAGAUCAGUUUUUCAGUUUCAGUUUUAUUGAGUUUGUAUGCCGCCCUAUUCCCGAGAGACUCAG